AUGAGACUCAUCAACACGCAGACACUCAAGCUAGAGUUCUUCAACGACCCGGUGCCGGCAGAGGCACGCUACACCAUUCUCUUGCACACAUGGGAAGAUGACGAAGUUAAUUUCGAAGACAUGAAAGACCUUGCUGUCGCUAGGCGGAAGAAAGGUUUCGCUAAGAUUCAAGCCGUCUGUGCCUUGGCAGUCGGUCAUGGUCGACACCUGUUGUAUCGACAAAUCUUCGAGCGCUGA